GUGAAAAAGGUAUUGUCUUCUAACUUGUGCUUUUCCUUGCCAUAUUCUUCAAGGUUCCCAAUUACAGCAUGGAUUACUUGAAUACUAUUGUCAAUGCUGCCCACGGGCAACCGGAAGUGGCAGAUAACCUGGACCUGGUGAAGAAGGUCAACCCUUUGACAUAUCCCAAGAGUUCAGAGCCCUUCAGUAAGAAAUUAUUCAAGAAUCCAACUUCAGAAUAUCGAGGAUGUCCAUUGUGGGCAUGGAACACGAAAUUGGAGAAAGAGCAAUUGAAGAGACAAAUCGACAACUUUGCUGACAUGGGACUGGGUGGAUUCCAUAUGCAUGUUCGGACAGGGUUGGAUACAGAGUACCUAGGAUCUGAAUUCAUGGACAUCGUCCUCUCAUGUGUUGAAUAUGCAGAAAGUAAAAACAUGCUGGCAUGUCUCUACGACGAUGACCGCUGGCCUUCAGGAAGUGCUGGAGGAAAGGUUAUCAAGCAGAACCCAGAGCAUAAGGGUAAACAUGUCUUGUUUACACGCCAUCCUUAUGGGACUGUGGACUUGGGCGGAAACGAUUCACCAUCAUCUGCGAGAGCAUCUCGAAGUGAAAACGGCCAUCUACUGGCAACAUAUGAUGUUACUCUCGAUGAGAAUGGCUGUCUCAAAUCCAGCCGAAUGUUGAAAAAAGGCCAAACUGGGAACAAUGUCUGGUACGCAUAUAUGGAGACAAAUACUGGUUCACCAUGGUUCAAUGAUCAAACCUACGUCGAUACCCUCAGCCCGGAAGCAAUAUCAAGCUUCAUCAAAACGACCCAUGAAGUCUACAAAGACAAAGUUGGCCACAAGUUUGGAACUUCUGUUCCUUGUAUCUUCACAGACGAGCCUCAAUUCGCCACCAAAACCCAGCUCUCAAGUCCACUAGGAGGCGAGGAUGUCUUCUUACCUUGGACAGCUGAUCUUCCAGUCUCUUUUAAGAAAGUCUACGAUGAGGAUAUUGUCGCCAGCCUACCUCAAAUAUUCUGGAAUCUCCCUCAUGGAAGCCCAAGCAGAAUCCGGCAUCAAUUCCAUGAUCAUGUCGCAGAGAGAUUCGUCACGGCAUUCAUGGACCAACUCUCAUCGUGGUGUAGAAAGAACAACCUAAUGCUGAAUGGCCACAUGAUGGAAGAGCCUACGCUGUACUCCCAGACUACCGCUCUAGGAGAAGCAAUGCGCUGCUACAGAAACCAGGAGAUGCCUGGUAUGGAUUUACUGGUUGAUUGGGUGGAAUACAACACCGCAAAGCAAGCGUCUAGUGUCUCACGGCAGAACGGGACAAAAGGGACAAUGUCUGAAAUUUACGGAGUCACGCAUUGGACCUUUACGUUUGAAGGCCACAAAGGCUGUGGAGAUUGGCAAGCAGCGCUUGGGAUCACAUUCCGAGUUCACCAUCUCACUUGGGUAAGUAUGGCAGGGGAAGGCAAGAGAGAUUAUCCUGCCUGUAUUGGAUAUCAAAGUCCCUGGUACAAGGAGUAUGGGCAUGUCGAGGAUCAUUUCGCUCGUGUAGGUGUUGCGAUGACGAGAGGUAAAGCAGUGACAAGAGUCGCUGUCGUUCAUCCCAUCGAGAGCUACUGGCUUGCAUUUGGACCAAAUGGCAGCGGAGAUGAACUCUCAAGUCGUGAUCAGGCCUUUGCCGAUUUGACGAGAUGGCUACUCCAUGGUCUCAUCGACUUCGAUUUCAUAGCCGAAAGUCUCCUACCCAGCCAAGUCUCCAACAAACCCAACGGAACCACACUACAGGUUGGAAAAUGCGAGUACGAGGUAGUGAUCGUCCCGAAUCUUCGUACAAUCCGCUCUUCAACCUUGAAAAUCCUCCAAAACUUCACCAAGCGAGGCGGAAAAGUCAUUAUAGCAGGCAGCGCUCCCGAAUUUGUGGAUGCCAAAGUGUCGCUAUUAGGUCCCAGCAUCGAACGGAGCAAUAAUAUCUUCUGGAGUGAGCAGAGCAUUCUGUCUGCUUUAGACCCAAGUCGCGAACUUCGAGUGACCACAGGUCCAAACGUACUUGCAGAUAAACUGCUGUAUCAGAUGCGACAAGAUGGUGAUGAAAGAUUUGUAUUCAUCUGCAACACGGAUCGCCAGAAUCCGGUUGAUACUACAGUAUCCUUGAAGGGUGCUUGGAGGGUCGAUAAACUGGAUACCUUCUCAGGAGAAGAGAGUGUGAUAUCUAGUCAUCAAAAGCACGGCUGGACAUCAUUCCCAUACCGUUUUGAAGGUUGCGCUAGUCUUCUCUUACGGCUGUUGCCGUCCACCACAUCCUCCUCCCUUCAACUCAUUCAGCCAUCAACCAAAUCUCUCCCACCACCAGACCUCACCCUCGAAAGCAUUACUCUCACCGAACCCAACGUUCUAAUCCUCGACUAUGCAUCCUACAAACACAGUACCUCUCCCAGUGACAUCUUCUCCCCACCAACAGAAGUCCUACGAAUCGACAACCUCAUCCGUUCAGAUCUCAAAAUCCCGAGAAAAGGCAUGGCCUGGCGUCAACCAUGGACAAUCCCUCCCUCAGAACGAAAACCCCUUACAGAGGUAACACUCAUCUUCAAGUUCUCCUCAACAUUCACCAUCACCAAACCCACGCUCCUCGCUCUCGAAGAUCCCGAAACAAUGAACAUCCGUCUAAACAACACAUCCAUCCCAUCGUCAUCUUCACGAACCGGACCAGCAAAGGGGAAAUCAGGUUGGUGGGUCGACGAAGCGAUUCGCACACUUCCUAUCCCCGGGUACACCAUCAAAGCCGGAACGAAUACAUUGACCAUCACAUUCCCAUUCGGGAUCCUCACCAACAUCGAGAGGAUUUACAUCCUCGGCUCCUUCGCCGUCACAUUUUCCAGCCCAGGACAAACCCUCCUCUCACCCCUAAACACCUCGUCCCUUACAUGGGGCGACAUAACAACACAAGGCCUCCCCUUCUACGUCGGGAAUAUAAUCUACAACUACACUUUCUCUCUCCCUAACUCUCCAAGCACAGCACAAGAAAUCGUACUUUCUGUACCGAGAUUCUCAUCCCCGGUGCUAGUCGUACAUUCCCUGCCCACUUUGACAGAGCCAGAUGCUGGCGCGAAAGCGAAGAAACUCGGUCACAUAGCAUUCCAACCACAUACCCUCCACCUAGGCAAGUUCGCAGCAGGCACGCAUCGGAUUUCCGUCACAGCGUACGGGAAUAGGUAUAACGCGUUUGGGCACUUCCAUCUAGCGGAUGGGAUCACGAAUCAGUGCUGGCCGGAUAUUUGGAGGACGGAAGGAGAUUGGUGGACAGACGCCUACAACGUCCGACCUAUCGGUAUCUUAGCACCAGCCAGCAUCUCGGCUUCAAUCUUAACAUCUACGCCUUCUUCUUCCGUUUCAGCGUCUCCGCCUCUGCCGUCAAUCAGCAAAGAGCGUAGGAAUGAAAGUGAAACAGAUACUGAGACGGAAAGAAACGAAUGGGUUCUCGUAUCUCCUACUACCACGCCUCCUAACGGCGGUGCUGGAAGUGGAAGUGAAUGUGAGAGAGGGGUGUAAGGGUAGGCUCCACUUCGACGGAAUGGAAGGCAUGGGAAAGGUAACAAGUAAGAAGAAUGAUUGAGAUGAUAGGAAAAUUGGUAGUAUACCGGGUCGGUUUCGCGUCAUGGAAAAGUAAAAUAUCAGUAUGACUAGGAAUACAUCAAUAUCCCAGAAUAGCAAACACGCGCAUGCUUCA